UGCUCUCGCAGCGAUCACCUUUGCCUAGACCCUACAAAAUGCGGCGCCUCUUGCCUAAGCUCGUGUCUGGAAUAUCUCGCGAGAAAACUCCGGAUUCUUCUUUCUUCUUCCAAGAAUCGGUGGAUUCGUGAUUGCUAGAGGGAUCGAGGGUUAGGUCUGUUCUUUUGUGAGGAUUUGAAGGAACGAUCAAUAUGACUGAAGAAAAGCCAGCCGAGAUGAAGGAGGAGGUGCCGGAGGUUGCCCCCUUCGAUCCUACAAAGAAGAAGAAGAAGAAGAAGGUGGUAAUUCAAGAUUCUGCUGAGGAGGUGGAUAAACUUGCUGAGAAAACGGAAAAUUUAACAGUUGCUGAGUCUGGGGAAUUAAGCUUUGUUGGCAUGAAGAAGAAGAAGAAGAAACCGGUGGAGACAGAUGAAAAUGGGGAUUUUGGGGAAGACCUUAGUGGUGAGCAAAUUGGAGAGGAUGUGGAAGGGGAGGGCAUCGUUCUAGGAGGUGCCCGAUGCCCCUGGGAAGGAACUGACAGGGAUUAUAAGUAUGAAGAGCUACUGGACAGAGUGUUCAAUAUACUACGAGAAAAUAAUCCAGAUCUUGCUGGUGAUAGGCGUCGAACAGUGAUGAGGCCCCCACAAGUUCUUAGAGAAGGAACUAAGAAGACUGUCUUUGUGAAUUUCAUGGACUUAUGCAAGACGAUGCAUAGGCAACCAGAGCAUGUUAUGACUUUCUUACUUGCUGAGAUGGGAACAAGUGGAUCCCUUGAUGGACAGCAGAGAUUGGUUGUUAAGGGAAGGUUUGCUCCAAAGAAUUUUGAGGGUAUCCUUAGGAGAUACGUCAAUGAGUAUGUCAUAUGCAAUGGCUGCAAAAGUCCUGAUACAAUUCUUUCCAAGGAAAACCGUUUGUUCUUCCUCCGUUGUGAGCAGUGUGGUUCUGCA